AUGGACCUCGUUGAUGCUACCGGACGUCUGAUCACUGUAACUGCCGAUGAGUAUUCAGAUUUAUUUUUUGCCCUCCGUGGAGCUGGGGCUAAUAACUAUGGAAUAGUUACUUCGUUUACAUUUCAAAUUUAUCCUAUUCCUCCUAAAGUCACAUCUAUAUUAUUAAGAUAUGAUAUUAACAAGAUUCAAACUUUUUUUGAUGCAAUUAACAAACUUGGACCGACGCUUCCUGAUGAUGUAUCAAUCACAAUAAUUAUAGGUAUCUUUGGUAUAGAACUUCAAUGUCUUUAUUUAGGAUCACAAGCGAAUGCAAUGCAAGUUAUGAAACAAUUUAUUUCACUAUCACAACCAACUUCGAAUCAAUUUACAGAAGAAACUUUUUUUGAUAGCGUUGUAAGGUGGGGAUAUAGACAAUUAAAUGGCACAAUAAAUCCAGUACAUAUACCUAAUAACUUUAAAGUAAAGUCAUUCUAUGUAAAAUCACCAGGACUUUCAGCAAAGGGAGUUAAAUCACUCGUAUCUUUUAUGAAAGGUCUUCCAAUUACAUGUAAAGCACUUGUAGCAUUAGAUUUAUAUGCAGGUAGUGCGGCAACAAGAGUUGCGGCAAACGCUACUGCAUUUGUACAUAGGGAUGUGUUUUAUUUAAUUGAAUUAGUUAUAUAUUUUUUGGGUGAUAAUACGACGAACACACAAUGUUUUAAUCAAGUAAAUAGAUUUG